UGGGAUAGCCGAUUCAGAUUCACUGAUUUAUUCGUAUUCACAUCUGCUGGCUGCUGCAGCUGCUUGCGAAAUAGGAACCAGGAUAAAGCCUUUGUGUAGUGAUUAAUUAAAUAGUGAUAUUGUGCUAGUGGGUGGUAGAUAGACCGGACUAGCGAGCAACUAGCAACUGUCUUGCUUCUUGAUUGAUGAUAGGCACCACUAUUUCUCUACUACGGGCUAGCUAGCGGGUAUUAGUGAAGUUCUAUACUCAGUCAGUGAGUGGUGCUUGUGGUUAUCACCAAGCAGAAGAGGAUUAGUCAUCGCCGUCGGCGUAAAGUUUGCUUUGAGAAGAAAAAUUCCGUGAGAACGGGUUCGUGAUUUAGUUCCAGUUCAAAUAUUUUCGAGAACGAAAGCGUGAUUUUCUGCGUCGUCGAUUCGUUUGGUAAACACGCUAAGCUAAGCCGAUCGAGCACCGAGAAAGAAUGGAUAUCUUCAUUCCGAUCGUGAUUUGCUUUGUGGUGUUCUUGCUGUUUUCCUUGUGCGGCAUGUGCUGCCGUCGGAACCGUGAUCAGGGUGCCAUAAUCGCCACACCUGUGGUCAUCACAUCUACCCAGCAUCAUGUAGGACCCUACCCGGUUACGCAAGUUGGCGCAACGACGACGGCGAUGCCGGCCGGAACCGGAGCGGUUGUCCUGCAACAACAUACCACCGGAACCGGUGUUUAUCCGAUGCCACAGCCACAGAUGCCUAAUUACAACACAACUGCUCCAGCCUAUCCCACUCAGGCGCCCUACCCGAUGCAAGCGCCGCCACCCGUGCAGCACCAGCAGUACCAGCAGAUGCCCAUGCCGAUGCCCGGAAGUGCUCCCCCAGCGAUGCCUCCCAGUGCAACGAUGAUGAAUCCUCCCAGUUACAACGAAGUCGUCUCGGAAAGUUACGCCAAACAGGCUCCCUACAAUCCGCACUUUUCCGGUCAGUAAUCCGUGUGCUGACAAGCGCUCAACAAUAUUUUUUUCCUCUACUGCGCUAGUUUAGACAUUCACAAGUCGGGAGGGACAGGACCAAAGUCUGUUAGUGACGAACAUGUGCGCGAAACACACAGUUGCUUUAAUGUUAAGGAUGACCGACAAGACUAUCUUCGUUUGCUUUCCAACUUUCGUGGAAAACAAAUCGUUUAAAUCGUAAUCUUUUGCGUUCCAUAGUUUACAUCAUUUUGUAGAUUUUGAUUCUAGUUUUCAUUAGAGUUUGUGAUCGGUUUAGUAUUGAGUAUGCGAACAAAAUUAGCUUAAGUGCGUGCCACGAACACGAACAUACCGGUUUCCUUCCAACAACAAUAGGAGUUGGUGUCUCUGGUUAUCGCGAUGGCCAGUGGUUUGACAAUUAAUUAGUGUACGCGUUUAAGACGGUUGAGAUUUGCUAGUCCGAUGAUGAUGAUAAGUCGACGACGAGUGCGCCAUGUAUGAUACCAACAGUUAAGAAACAUUAACCAUCGAUAAAUGCUGGAAAGUUACAUCCAGAUUUUCAUUAUGUUAGGUUAUGAUAUAGAUAUAUACAUAUAUAUUUGCUAGAAUAAGGAAAUUGUUUAUUGCGGAUGACCU